AUGGAAAUAUCAAAAAGCAUUAACUUUCGUAUUUAAUGCCUUCACCUACAUUUCCACAUAUUCAGAAGUAGCAGUUUUGUGUCAUUUAAUGCACCUUCUCCCCCACCCUUUCAACCUGCAAAACACCUUCAGUUUUUUUUUUAAUCUAUUAUGACAGUUUCUCUUGACUCCAGCACAGUUGAAACACACACAAGAUGGAGCUGGCUUUUCUUCUUCGUAAUUAAUUUCAUCUCUCACCAAAAACCAGCAACAAGCUUGGAAUUUUCUCUUGUAAGCAUCAAAAGUGGACAGAAGAUCCAAUAAAGUUCCUUGCUUUCUGUGUUGCUGAUUGUGGCCUGCUUAUUUAUACAAACCCACAAUGAAGAUUCUGAUUUGGCUGACAAUUUUACAUCCAACAACAAAAGUGGCCUUAUUCCACUAGUUGUUUUACAUCCCCCACCACUUUUUUUGGCCUCUUUUCCCUUCAUUGCUAGUUAUCCAUGAAAAUUGUGAUAAAUCAUGAGGUAACAUUGUUUUUUGGUUAUUUAUAUGAAGAUUGUUAGACCUGCUCUCUCCCUUUAAACUGUAUUUCUUGUUGAGUAGUCAAAAGGUCUCUCUCUCUCUCUCUCUCUCUCUCUCUCUCUCUCUCUCUAUAUAUAUAUAUAUAUAUAUAUAUAUAUAUAUAUAUAUAUAUCCGACCAACAUUAUUAGUUAAUAUUCAGAAACACAAUUCUUAUAUAUAUACGCUUUGAACAUGAACCUAUGGCCAGUUUUAUUUGGGACUCUAUUUGAGGUUGUGGUUUUUUCAUGCUUGUGGUUGCAAAUUUCAAGUCUUGGUUCCAUGUCUUCCAUUGCCGUCUCUUAUGGCGACAAAGGGUCAGUAUUUUGUGGCUUGAAAUCAGAUGGAUCUCACACUGUGACCUGUUAUGGAAUAGACUCAGCCAUAAUUUAUGGAACGCCAACGCAUUUUCCAUUCCUUGGUCUAACUGCUGGUGAUGGCUUUGUGUGUGGGCUUUUAAUGAGUUCUAACCAACCUUAUUGUUGGGGUAGCAGUGGCCAUGUUGAAAUGGGUGUGCCACAGCCUAUGGUUAAGGGAGCUCAGUACCUAGAGAUCAGUGCUGGUGACUACCACGUUUGUGGAUUGAGGAAACCAUUGACUGGAAGACACAGGAACACUUCUUUGGUUGAUUGUUGGGGCUACAACAUGACCAACAACUAUGUGUUUGAUGGGCAGGUUCAAUCAAUCUCAGCAGGUUCUCAAUUCAAUUGUGGCUUGUUUUCUCAGAAUAGGACUGUGUUCUGUUGGGGGGAUGAGACUAGUAGCCAAGUUAUUAGCAUGAUCCCUCAAGGCAUGAGGUUCCAGAAGAUCUCUGCUGGAGGGUACCAUGUGUGUGGAAUCUUAGAAGGGGUGAAUGCUAGAGCUGUUUGCUGGGGGAGGAGCUUGUUGGAUUUGGGGGAAGAGCUUUCAAUUUCGUUGACGCGUUCGGGGCAAGGACAAGGUAAUGUUGAAUUGGCUCCAAUUGAUCCCAUGCUUUCUGUGGUGGGAGGGAAGUUCCAUGCAUGUGGCAUUAGGAGCUAUGAUCGUGGUGUGGUUUGUUGGGGCUAUAGUUUCAAAGCAGGUACUCCAGUUCCUAGUGGGAUUAAGGCCUUUGAGAUUGGUGCUGGGAAUUAUUUCACCUGUGGAGUACUUGUUGAGAAAUCUCUUAUGCCUGUUUGUUGGGGUGUUGGCUUCCCUACCUCUCUCCCUUUGCCUGUUUCACCAAGAAUGUGUAGGUCUACUCCAUGUUCUCCAGGUUACUAUGAAACCCAACAAAAUGGUCUUUGCAAGUCCCCAGAUUCUCACAUUUGCAUGCCUUGCAGUGCUGCUUGUCCUCCUGAGAUGUAUCAGAGAAGUGGAUGCAAUUUGAAAUCUGACAUACUGUGUGAAUAUAAUUGUUCUAUUUGUUCCUCACCUGAAUGCCUCUCCAAUUGCUCCUCUUCCUAUUCCAAUGCUGCCUUUGGCAAGAGAACUGAAAGAUUCUGGUCUAUGCAGCUGCCAGUGCUUAUUGCUGAGAUAGCCUUUGCUGUUUUCUUAGUUAGCAUUGUGUCUAUAACUGCUGUUUUGUAUGUUCGCUACAAGCUAAGAAAUUGUCAGUGUUCAGGGCCAAAGGUGAAGAAACUAAAAGGGAGCUCUUCAAACCAAAAGGAUCAGAAAUGCAAGAUCCGACCGGACUUGGAGGAUUUCAAGAUUAGGAGGGCACAAAUGUUCCCCUACGAGGAGCUUGAAAGGGCAACUAGUGGAUUCAAAGAAGAGUCUAUAGUGGGGAAGGGAAGUUUUUCAUGUGUGUUCAAAGGAGUUCUCAAAGAUGGUACUGUUGUUGCUGUUAAAAGGGCCAUAGUGUCUCCCAACAUGCAGAAGAAUUCCAAGGAGUUUCACACCGAGCUUGACUUGCUCUCUAGGUUGAACCAUGCACACUUGCUCAAUCUACUAGGCUACUGUGAAGAAGGUGGAGAGAGGCUCCUUGUUUAUGAGUACAUGGCUCAUGGCUCUUUGCAUCAACACCUACAUGGCAACAAGGUGAUGCAAGAGCAAAUGGAUUGGGUGAGAAGGGUAACAAUUGCAGUGCAAGCAGCUCGCGGAAUCGAAUAUUUGCAUGGAUAUGCUUGUCCACCCGUGAUUCACAGAGACAUCAAGUCUUCAAACAUCCUCAUAGAUGAAGAACACAAUGCUAGAGUGGCUGAUUUUGGUUUGUCACUACUUGGUCCUGCAGAUAGUAGCUCCCCACUAGCUGAACUACCAGCUGGGACUCUUGGCUAUCUUGAUCCUGAAUACUAUAGGCUUCAUUAUCUUACCACAAAGUCUGAUGUAUAUAGCUUUGGUGUUCUACUUUUGGAGAUUUUAAGUGGUAGAAAAGCCAUUGACAUGCAAUUUGAAGAAGGGAACAUAGUUCAAUGGGCAGUGCCUCUGAUCAAGUCAGGAGAUAUAGCUGCAAUUUUGGAUCCAGUUUUGAAACCUCCUCCUGAUCUUGAUGCCUUGAGAAGGAUAGCUAAUGUGGCUUGUAAAAGUGUGAGAAUGAGAGGUAAGGAUAGGCCUUCAAUGGACAAAGUGACAACAGUUUUGGAGAGAGCACUUGCACAGUUAAUGGGGAGCCCUUGUAUUGAGCAGCCAAUUUUGCCCACUGAGGUGGUUUUGGGAAGUAACAGAUUGCACAAGAAAUCAUCUUCAAACAGGUCAGCCUCAGAAAGCACUGAUGUGGAGGAUCAGAGGUUUGAGUUUAGAGCACCAUCAUGGAUCACUUUCCCCAGUGUCACUUCUUCUCAAAGAAGAUCGGGCUCGGAGGCCGAAGUCGAGGGGAAAAAUGCAGAAGGAAGGAAUUUGAGCAAUGUUGGAGGAGGUGGUGGUGUUUUGAGAAGUCUUGAUGAAGAGAUUGGUCUUGCCUCUCCUCGAGAGAGAUUGUUCUUGCAACACAACUUUUAACCGUGGGAAAUUUGAAGGAAGCAGAUGUUAUUAGUAAAUUUUGUUUUGCUUUGUUUAAUUGAUGAGUUUCAUCAUGCAUGGAUGCAACUCUUACAUUAUUUUAGUUCCUAUUUCCUGAGAGUUGUGUUUCAGAAUCUUAGUGGAGCUAGCUUUCAUUCUUUCAUGCAAGUACUACACUUGGAUGUAAGGUAGCUAUCAUCUCAUUUUAUUGAUUGUAAAGCUUAUCAUCCGCGUUCAAUUCUAUCAUAGCAUUGGUUUUU